UACAGAUCUGUUCUGAAUUUGUUUUUUCAGCCGCACUCCACCGCCUCUCCGAUUCACAGAUCUGUUCUGAAAUUUCCUUUCUCCCAGCCGCCAAGUAUAAUCACUCGUGAGAGGCAAAAGGAAGUUGGAACUGCUAUUUUGUGAUUCUUGGGUAAUCUCAAGUUUGAUUUCAAAGAUGGGUAAAAAAAGGAAUAACUCUGAGCGGGAAGGACUUGGGAAAGUCACAGAAUACGAAAAGCAAAGGAUGAAGAUAUUGGCAUCAAAUGAAGAAAAAAUGCGUGCAGCUGGUUUUAGCACUCUAGCUAACAAGACGAUCUUCCAGUCAAACAAUGCGAUAAGUACAAAUAGACUAGCUUAUUCACAUGAUGUAUUUGAUGAUGAAGCGUACAGCCCGAGUGAUGAUGAGAAUGCCGAACUUGACCAUCUAAAGGUUCCAAAGAAAGGAAAAGGUUUGAGUAACAAGACAAGGAAGCAGUCACGCGGUGAGCCAAAGACUAUGGGAGAUGUUGUAAAACAGAGUUCAAAACAUCAAAAUCAACAGACUCCAGCGACAUUGCGUCUUACUUGCAGUUUUUUUAUUAAAAAAACAGGAGGAAAGCAAGACCAAUAGAACAAAAUGAUACACGUGCAAGUGGCUGGAUAGUAUAUUCUAGGAAAAGGAAAGGCAAUCAAAGGUUUAUGGAAACAAAUCUGGAUAGUAUAUUCUAGGAAAAGGAAAGGCAAUCAAAGGUUUAUGGAAACAAAUCAGGAGCAAAUCAAUAAGGAGACAUAAUAUAAAGAAGAGCACAAUUAGUGGGAUUACUCAUUAAUGGCUACAGUAGCACAAUUUAAGGGAUGGGACAUCUAUAUUGAUACACUUACUUUAUUUAUGCAGAAUAAUCUAUUAUAAAUAAGGUCCUAGACUAGGAGAGGACGAUAUCUGGAGUCAUUACAAUAAUUUAGAAUAGUUGGGCAGAGGUUUAUCUCUGUUGGAGGUUGCCUUCUAGGUAUACCUUGUCGUUGUUAUCUCUUUUUUUUCAUUUCCGGAAUAAAGAAUAAAGAUUUGCUAUUC